AUGUCACCGAACAGUGCCUAUGAAGGUGCUGGCGCUUGGCGUAGGAAGAACGGGAACUGCAUAGAAGCCCUCCGCAAGGCGUUGGAGCGUCUUGGAUAUCUGAAAUGCUACCACAUGAUGUCCGCCAGCGUUGAGAACCCUCCAGAUUGCUUAAUGUGGCACGAUGCUCUGAUUGCUAAAUAUAAUGGCGUGGGCGAGUUCGGACGAAAGGAAUGGGAUCAGCUUCUGGGGGACUGCCAGGCUGUCUGUGACUGGCCUGCAUGUGCGUUUGCCAAAGAGCUAAUUGAAGCCUACCCCAAUGCUAAGAUCAUCCUAACCACUCGUGAUGUGGAUUCGUGGCAUGCAUCCGUUAUGAAGACCGUAUGGUGGCGUGUAUCCGACCCCGAGCACCGCUUCAUUUCCAACUUUAGCUGGGCGGCCAGCAUGUAUUACCCCAUGCUGAACAAGUUCUUCCAGACUUUCUUCCGGGGUGAUUUCCUCACCAAGGGAAAACAGGUCUACGAAGACCACGUGGCGGAGGUGCGUAGCUUGGUUCCCCCGGAGCGCUUGUUGGAAUACAAGAUUAGUGAUGGCUGGGGCCCGCUGUGCGAGUUCCUGGGUGAAGAGGUUCCCGAUACCCCUUUUCCCCGCGGCAAUGACAUGGCCGACUUCUUCCAGCGCUGUCGUACUCGCAAUAGGCAUCAGAUGAUGAAUGCAACUCUGCAGGCUCUCACUAUUGGUGGGGCAAUCUUGGCCACUGGCUUGGCUGCUACCAUAAUGUUCAAGAGAUUUUCGCGAUAA